AUGCUUAAGUUACUCCCCAAUGAAUUGGAUUUCGUCCUGGAAGCUCCGUGCGCUACCUACCGAGGAAGCCUUUCCCUUCGACGCCGAACUAAUGUCCCGAUUAUCUUUGAUGAAUUAGCGUCUAAUGAAAGCACUAUUGCCCAAUUUAUUGCGGAUGAUGGUAUCGAGGGUAUUGGACUGAAGAUUUCGAAAACAGGUGGCUUGACAAGAGGUCGCCGUGUCCGGGACAUAUGUCUAGCUGCAGGUUAUAUAAUGUCUGUUCAGGAUACAAGUGGCUCGGAUAUUGCAUUCGCGGCUAUUGUACAUCUUGGUCAGACAGUUCCAGCGCGGAAUCUGCGUUGCGUUUUUGAGUGUCGUGCUAUGUGUGAGGGAAAGACUGCGGAUGGUGCAUUUGAUGUCCAUGAUGGACUUCUUACAGCCCCAACCACCCCUGGACUGGGUGUCACCCCUCGCUUGGAUGUGUUGGGCAAACCGGUUGCUACCUACAAUUAA